AUGGCGCCCAAAGAGGAGAUCAGCGCCAAAACCCAUCCGUCCACCUCUACCGACGGCGUCAGCGUCGAGGUGGGCGAGAGUAUGGGCGGCCUACAGCGCCGACUCAACAACCGUCAGAUUCAGCUCAUCGCCGCCGGUGGCUCCAUCGGAACCGCCCUGUUCAUCAGUAUCGGCGGUGGUCUCGCCAAGGGAGGCCCCGCCAGUCUGUUCAUUGCCUAUACGCUCUACUCCGGUGUCCUCGCACUCGUGAAUAACUCCAUCGCCGAGAUGAAUACGUACAUGCCCGUGUCGGGCGGUUUUAUCCGCCUCGCCGGGAACUGGGUGGACGACGCCCUGGGUUUUAUGGCCGGUUGGAACUUCUUCUUCUACGAGGCCUUGCUCAUUCCAUUCGAAAUCACCGCGCUCAGUCUGGUCAUGUCCUUCUGGAACAGCGACGUUGCGAACCCUGGUCCGACGGCUGGCGUCUGUGCAGCGGUGAUUGUUUGUUAUGCCGCACUGAACAUCGUUGCCGUCCGUUUCUACGGAGAGGCUGAAUUCUGGCUGUCCGGAGGCAAACUGAUUCUGAUCUUUAUCCUCUUUGCAUUCACCUUCAUAACCAUGGUCGGAGGCAAUCCGCAGCACGACACCUACGGGUUCCGCCAUUGGAAGAGCCCUGGCGCAUUCGCCGAGUUCCAAACGAAAGGCAGUCUGGGUCGCUUUGAAGGCUUCCUGGCCGCCCUCUGGAGCGCCGGUUUCACCGUCGUCGGCCCCGAGUACAUCUCCAUGGUCGCCGCCGAAGCCAAGCGCCCCAGCGUGUACAUCAAGUCCGCCUUCCAGACCGUGUACUACCGCUUCUGCAUCUUCUUCAUCAUCGGCGCCCUCGCCGUCAGCAUCGUCGUACCCUACAACGAUCCUGCCCUCGUCGAGAUCUACUUCGGCUCCGGCGGCGACUCCAGCAGCGCCGCCGGCUCCCCCUAUGUCAUGGCUAUGGAGAACCUCGGCAUCGGCGUCCUGCCGCACAUCGUCAACGCCCUCAUCUUCACCUCCAUCUUCUCCGCCGGCAACACCUACACCUACUGCGCCACGCGCUCCCUAUACUCGCUCGCCCUCGAAGGCCGAGCCCCCCACUUCCUCCGCUACUGCAACAAGUCCGGCGUCCCCAUCUACUGCUUCUGCGUCGUCAUGAUCUUCCCCUUCCUCUCCUUCCUGCAGGUCGGCUCGGGCUCCGCCACCGCCAUCACCUGGUUCGUCAGCCUGAUCACCGGUGGCGGCCUGAUCAACUUCCUCGUCAUGUCCAUCACCUUCCUGAACUACUACAAGGCCUGCCAGGUCCAGGGCGUCGACCGCAAGCAGAUGCCCUACUACGGCUACUUCCAGCCCUACGGCGCCUACAUCGGCAUCUUCACCCACUGCAUCUUCCUCAUCUUCUACGGCUACACCUCCUUCACCCCGUGGAGCGUGUCUAACUUCUUCUCCAACUACACCAUGCAGAUCGUUGCGCCUGUCCUGUUUAUUUUCUGGAAGGUCGUCAAGCGCACGAAGUAUGUCCGUCCUCACGAGGUCGAUCUCGUCUGGGAGAGACCGGCCAUCGAUGCGUAUGAGAACUCGAUCACCACGCCGCCGGUCGGGUUCUGGACUGAGAUGGUGAGGUUGGUGGGAUUGAGGAGGAGGAAGAUCGGGUCGGAUGGUGAGUAGAUUAGUUAUUGAGUGCGUGGGCGGAGGGUGGAUUGGGGUGGGUUUCUUUGCGGUGGUUUUGGGGAAGUAAGAGUAUGUAAUUUUUGGUGUUGUUGAGUUAAUAUACAUCAUGCUGUUGUUUGGAUUUAGAUUUUUUUAUGUUUGUAGGAUGUCCG